CAAUCAAAUGAGAAACAUGCUCCAAGAUUUCUUUUUACCAAUGCUGUGAUUAAUGAGUUGUUCCGAUAACACCAAUCAAAGAGUUGAUCAAUAAAUACAACAAGCGUGGACACAGAAAAUGUAAAAUAUACGCUAAACAUAACCAACUGUUCAUUCAAGAAAACGGCAAAUCAUUUGAUUGACAGGGAAAUUUAUUUCUCUUUGAAAUGAAAACCAAUCGUGCUAUUACAGAGUAUUCGGUACCUACGAUGAACUUCUUCAACACUUCAAGUGUAUCUGAACAAGACUAUACCAACAUUGAUACUAAUGGAAGUGUAAUAACAAAUUCUUCGAAUGGAACUAUAAACUUUGAAAUGCCUUCGGAGUAUCGCCACCCUCCGGAGAUAACUGCGAUUUAUAUUAUAGCAUAUGGUAUUGCCUUUUUAUUCGCACUUUUUGGCAAUGUCAUUGUGAUAGCAGUAGUUUUGCGAUAUAGGUGGAUGCAUACAGUGACUAAUUUCUUCAUUGUAAAUCUGGCAAUAGCUGACAUUUUAGUAGCUCUGUUUUGUAUACCAGUAUCACUUCUCACACAUAUAUUUGUAGAAUGGCGGUAUGGAGCUGUGAUGUGUAAAAUAACACCCUACUUACAAACAGUAUCUGUGUGUGCCUCUGUUAAUACACUGGCUGCCAUUGCUGUAGAUCGAUACCUGGCUAUUUGCUACACAUUUAACUACAAGAUGACAUGGACGACAUCUAAGUGUAUAAUGUGUUUUGUUUGGGUGUUCUCUCUUGGUGUUAGUAUACCAAUGGUUUUAUACCGGGAAUUAAUUUUACAGGGUGGCUUACUGAAAGUUUGUAUUGAAACUUAUCCGAGUGAAACAGUUAGAAAAGUAUACUUUAUUGGAAUAUUUGUGUUCUUUUAUGCUAUUCCGCUUAUCCUUAUAAUAUUCUGUUAUUCCUUCAUAGGAUUUCGUGUGUGGAACAGAAAUGCACCAGGAAUAUUUAAAGCAAAUGGUGUUAUUCACAAAUCGAAAGUCAAAGUUGUAAAAAUGUUGGCCGUAGUUGUAAUCAUCUUUUUCAUAUCAUGGUUGCCAAACUAUAUAAUACAAUUCUGGGUAUACUUUGAAAUGGAUCAGUUUAGGGAUUACGACUCGCUUAUGUUUGUUAUCAAAUACAUUUCACCGGUUGCUCAGUGGAUGGUCGUUUCGAAUAGCGGAAUAAACCCAGUUAUUUAUUGCUUGUUUAGUAAAAAGAUAAGACUUAGAAUAAAAGCCAUGCUUAAAUGUCACAGUAAACACUUUUUGGACAGAACAUCUUCACACCCUAAGUAUUCCAGUACACGCUACUUUUCAGUCGACUACAGUAAUGGUCACGUGACAUUAAGGCCCUACGGGAUAGAAAAAAGAAGAAAAUCAAGUAUGCGUAGUUUCAACAGUAACUUUUACGAUUAACAAUUACGUUAGUGUAUGCCGAGUUUUGCUAAUAUUUAGUUUAGUUCGGCUUGGAUUUGAAUGAGAAAUGUGUAAACAAAAAGAAAUGGAGACACAUGUACAGUGUAUAAACAAUUAAUAAAGGGUGAAUAAUACAUUCCAUCGCAAUGUAGAACCAAUAAUUGGACUAUGCUGUUAAUGUUGACAUUCAAAACAAGAACAUGUUUGAAACCAGUACCUAAAUAUAAUAUAAAAACAAUAGAACAAGCAAUGGGACAAUAUUGUAUGUGUUUAUAUUUAAAGCUAGCAGUACCCAAGAAUAAUAUAAAAACAAUAGAACAAGCAAUUUUACAAUGUUGGAUGUGUGUAUUUUGAAGGCCUAUGACGGACGGAGAAGCAUCAACUGAAAAUCUACAACACAACAGAACUUUGACAAUACUAACUCAAAAUAGGAAACGUUAAUCGUCUGCUCUUGGGAAUGCAUCUUAUACUGCAUUUUCAUCAGAUGUCCUCGAUUGUACAUGUACACGAAACCCUCUAUAAAUGUCACAAUAUCGACUUCACUACAUUCAGAUCGAUUUUCCUGAAUAAAUAUUCACCAAAAACGUUUAGAGGCUAAAGUUCGGAAAAUUUACGAUGUAUGAAUUCAGGAAGUUUACUGUAAUGAACAAAAAAAAAACCUGCUAAAGAUCACUUGCACCAUCUUGGGUCAGUUUCACAUGGAGAGAACUUCAAAUCUAUAGAUUCUUUAUAAAAAAUAAUAAAAUGAAAUAAAAACAAGAAUCUGUGUCACAGGACACCAUUACUCGCUCACACUAUCCUAUUUGCGUUUUCAAUGAAUCGUGAAAUUUGGUUCAAAACUUUAAUUUGGCAUAUCUUAAAAAAAUCACAUUUAAUUCAAGUGUUUACUAAUUUCUAGUUAAUGUGACCAAAACUCGAUCUUAAACUCUUAUAAAAAACCUUUAACACGAUACAGGAUGAACGAACUGAAUAACAGACGGAUACAUAGAGAGGAAAACAUAAUGACCCCCCUUUUACUAUCAUAUGCGGGCAUAUAUAUUUCAACCGAGAACUAAAAAAGUUUUAAAACGUGAAUAAUACAGCAUCACUCAUAACUAAACUUUCGAACUCACGUGAAUACUGAUUUAGAUUGUACUCAUGUAGGUGAACUUUAAUUGUGCUUUAUGUUUGAAUUCAAUUAACGUUGACAUUGGGGACAUCUCGGAUAUUGUUGUGUCUAUAAAACUGAUUUAUCAAGGUUUUUAGCCUAACGCUUAAUUUAAUUGUCAUUGUGAGACCUGUCAGUACAAUUGCGAAUUUUAUAAAGAUGCUUCGGUCUAAUUAAAUAUGACAUAUCGAAUACUGAAUCCAUUGAAAAAACAGGAAAUCAAUUUUUCAGAGUUGAUUAACAACGGGAAUUAUUUUGGGCUGUAAUUAAUGUUUUGAAAAUAUUUUUGUAUUACAAAAAUAAAAUAAAAAUAUUG